AAAAAAAUGAAGACGAGACGCCACUUCUGCGUCUUCUCUUUUCAUCGUCACCGUAUAAACGUAGCCUGAGGGGUCUCCAGACUCUGGGGAUCCUGGAUGCUGUCAGCUACAUCACCAGCGUUUCAGGGUCCACAUGGUGAGUCUCCUCAUGAAACAUUAUAGAACAUUCAUCCGGUUGGUAAAAAAGUAACAUCUCUCAAUGGCGUUAAAUUAACUCAAGAAACAACUUUCAAAGUCAGUGUUUGACAUUUCCUUGUAGCGGUUUAAGAUACAGUAAGUAAAUAAGUAAAUCUACAUAAAUAAAUGAAAAUUGAUAAUUAGAUGUAGCUGACACUGCUUUUGCAAUCAGAAAUCAGUUUCUUUGACGCUUACCAGACAAGGGCAGCGUGGCCUACUGGUUAGCGCUUCGGACUUGUAACCGGAGGGUUGCCGGUUGCCGACCAGCAGGAACGGCUGAAGUGCCCUUGAGCAAGGCACCUAACCCCUCACUGCUCCCCGAGCGCCGCUGUUGUAGGGAUAAAUGCAGAGACCAAAUUUCCCUCAUGGGAUCAAAAGAGUAUAUAUACUUACUUAUACUUAUACUUACUUAAUUACCACUCUAACCUGCCUCUUACCAUUAUUCCAUAUAACAUUAUAUGCCUAAUCACAUGACACAUUGGCAUUUCAUAGGGCCAUGUCCACUCUGUAUGAGAAUUCUGAUUGGUCAAAAGAGGACAUGGGUGUGGUCACUGAGCCAAUGAAGAUUGAGAUGAUCCAGAGGUACAAGGACAUACUGUCCACUGAGAAGAUCGGUUACUACAGAAAGGAGAUGGAGCAGAAGGAAAAGGAGGGACAUCCAGUGUCCUACAUUGACAUGUGGGGUCUGGCUAUCGAACACCUCAUCUAUGAAAUGGGAGAGUACCCUCUCUGACCAGAAGAGGGCGGUAUCAGAGGGACAGAAUCCUCUGCCCAUCUACACAGCUGUGAACAUGAAGAGUAGCCAGAAAGGCAUCAACGCAGAG